CGUGAUGAAACAGACACUUCACCGAAAAUCUUACAUUGGAGACUGGAUUUAAGAAACUAGAUCAUUAACCAUUCUAUCACGAAGUGAUAACCAACACUUGAAUAAAAGAUGUGGACCAUGUAGAUUUUUAGUUCAAUUAUAAAAUAUUAUCUUCGGAUGCUGCUAUGAAUAAUAGUAGCUGUCAAGAACAUAAUGCCCCAGGUGGACCACUGCUACUCCAGGUGCUAUGGAAUGAUCUUCGAUCGCAACAGGAGUUCCUCUCGUCGCCUUACAAGCCGGGAUUAUUCGCGUUCCUGAUUCACCUUAUCCUCUGCACACCUUUUCUAGCCUUGGAAGUGCUGGGGCAUUUCUUACCAGGGAUUAAUAUCUACAGGAUCUCGAGGACCUCUGAAACGUUGCAGUUGUGUUUGCAGCGAUGGCUGGACUGCUUUGCAAGGAUUGCAAUUAAAUACCUUACUACGGUUCUCCCAGGCACCGCGCUAUAUCAAUUCAUUCGGAUGCCAAGCUUUCCAGUCCUGGCACCAUCAUACCGCCAACUCAUUGGGGAGGUUAUCGCGUGCCUACUAGUAUUCGAUGCCCUCUUCUUUGUAUUGCAUUAUGCCAUGCAUCGAGUUCCCUGGCUGUAUCGGAGGGUACAUCAACCACACCACCAGAACCGGAUCACCUUCGCCCUGGCUGCCCAGGAUGCCAGUGCAGCUGAGCUCCUCUCCCUACAGAUGCUGGCCAUGAUCAGUGCCUGGGUGGUUGGCUGCCACCCUAUGAGUGAGGUCGUGUUCCACCUGCUCAACACCUGGCUGGCCAUAGAGGACCAUUGCGGCUACAACUUCCCCUGGGCCCUCCACAGACUACUGCCCUGCUUUGGAGGAGCCCCCUUUCACCAGGCCCACCACCAUGUCUACAGGGGUAACUUCGCCCCCUACUUCAAGCACUGGGACUGGCUCUGUGGGACCUACCUGCACGCCAGGGAGGAGGCUGGUAGGAAACAUGGAGGGAGGACCAUGAGGAGGCGGAGGAGAAAGAAGAGCCUAGGAUCUGACUGUGUGUGUGUAAGUGAUUGCGUGUGCUGAACUUUGAUUAAAGCUGUGUAGUAAUCAAUAAUGAAUAAAUUAUAUUUUAGGUAGCGUCAGUGAGGGGUGACAUGCAUUAGUUGGUGAGUGUGUGUUCUGUUUUUAGGGGCGUAUAUGUGUGUUGUAAAUUUCAGGUGAUUAUUCAGAUGUAUAUAUCUUUUGGAAUGUUAUUAGCUGGAUUUAAUGAGACUAUGCUGGUACUUUGCACAGUUUUGACAGUAUUGAUAUGGCUUAUCUAUAACUCUAUAACUCAAUAAUUUACAGUACUGUGUAAAAGUCUUUGGCACAUGAGAGUCGACCUAUAGUCAUUUAUUUGGAUAAUAAGUGUUCAUUUGUAAAAAUAUCUAUGUAUUUUUAUAUAUAACACUUACCACCCAAAUAAAUGGCUGUAGUUCAACUUUCAGCUGCCUAAAACAUUCACACAGUACUGUAUCAGUUAAUAAUUUCAACUUUAUAAGACAAAUAUUGUAAUACU